UCAUUGGUCACGCGAAUAUUCUGCGCGUGUCCAUUGGCAGUAGCCUUCUCUUCCACUCACCUCCUCCGGCCCCGCCAGCCCCGGUAAUGUACCUUUUCCCGGCUUCGACGGGCUCCCAUUGGUCUACCGAACGCUCGACGCAAGCUCAUUGGUCAUCUCUUUCAUCCCCCCCCUUCCCCCCUCCCUCGGCUGCCUCGGAUCUCUCUGCUCCCCCGACUUCACCGCACUCCCAUUGGUUGCGCGAACGAUCUACUCGUCUUCAUUGGCUCCGAACUCUCUGGCUCGGAGCCGGCCUCCCCGCUGCGUUAAAGGGGCCGCCGUCAACCCUACGUGAUUGGGGCCGCUGGAGAAGGUGGCUGGAAGGGAAGCUGCCUCGGUGGCCAACGGAGGACGAGGCGGCCAGUCCUCCUCUUCCUGUCGUGGUCGUGGUCCGCCGUCGUCAUGGCUACCUUCAGCCGGCAGGACUUCUUCCAGCAGUUGGUGCAAGGCUGUGUGGUCCCCACUGCCCAGCAGGGCCUGGACCAGCUGUGGCUUCUGCUGGCUGUCUGCCUAACCUGCCGCCUCCUUUGGAGACUUGGGUUACCCCCAGCUGUGAAACAUGCCAGCACGGUGGCUGGUGGCUUCUUCAGCUUGUACCACUUCUUCCAACGACACAUGGUGUGGGUGGUGCUACUGAGUCUCUUGUGCUAUCUGGUCCUCUUCCUGUGCCGGCACUCAUCCCACCGAGGGGUCUUCCUCUCGGUCACCAUCCUCAUCUACCUGCUGAUGGGGGAGAUGCACAUGGUGGACACUGUGACCUGGCACAAGAUGAGGGGGGCCCAGAUGAUCGUCGCUAUGAAAGCCGUGUCCCUGGGCUUUGACCUGGAUCGGGGUGAACUGAGUGCAGUGCCCUCCCCUGUGGAGUUCAUGGGCUAUCUCUACUUCGUGGGCACUAUCGUCUUCGGGCCCUGGCUGCACUUCCGCAGUUACCUUCUGGCUGUGGAGGGCCGACCACUGAGCUUCACAUGGCUGGGGAAAGUGGCAGCAAGCCUGUCACGGGCCCUGCUCUGCUUGGUGGUCUCAACCUGUGUGGGCCCCUACCUCUUCCCAUACUUCAUCCCACUCUAUGGGGACAGGCUACUCCGAAGCAAGAAACGGCAAGUGAGGGGUGCUGUGGCCAGGUGGCUGCAUGCCUACGAGAGUGCCAUCUCCUUCCACUUCAGUAAUUACUUUGUGGGUUUCCUGUCAGAAGGCACAACCACACUGGCUGGGGCAGGCUUCACGGAGGAGAAGGACCACUUGUGCUGGGACCUUACUGUGUCGAGGCCCCUGAGUGUGGAGCUUCCCAGGUCCAUGGUUGAGGUUGUAACCAGCUGGAACCUGCCCAUGUCACACUGGCUCAAUUCCUAUGUUUUCAAGAAUUCCCUUCGCCUUGGCAAGCUCUCAGCCCUCCUUGUGACCUAUGCUGCCAGCGCCCUCCUGCAUGGCUUCAGUUUCCACUUGGGGGCCGUACUGCUCACCCUCGCCUUCAUCACAUAUGUGGAACAUGUGCUCCGGAAGAGGCUGGCUACCAUCUUCAAUGCUUGUGUCCUCUCAAAGCGCUGCCCUCCGGACUGCCCACAUCGACACCGCACGGGUCUGGGCGUGCAGGCACUGAACCUAUUCUUCAGGGCCCUAGCUGUCUUUCACUUGGCCUAUCUGGGCUCCCUCUUUGACAUAGAUACUGACGACACUACCGAGGAGCAGGGCUACGGCAUGUCCCACACCGUCCGCAAGUGGUCCGAGCUCGGCUGGGCCAGUCACUGGCUCACCUUCAGCUGCUGGAUCUUCUACCGCCUCAUCAGCUGAGGGUCCUCCCCUGGCUUCCCUUCUCCCCCCCCCCCCCCAAUAUCUGCCCUGGGCACAAAAGGUGGAGUCCUGGCCACUGCCACCCCUCCCUCCCAAAGGGGCUCUGGGGAUUUGGGGGGGAGGGGACCUUUGAGGGCAGGAGGGGAAGCAGUGGGCAGGACCCCAAGACCAUGUCUUCCACCCCUACAUUCUGCUAGAAACUAGUCCCUCUUUUUAUAAAUGGUUUGUUAUUGUCAGAUAAAAAUAGGUAAGGUCCAAGUGCCUGAGCUGUGUGUGUGAGCUGUUUCCCAAAAUUCUGAGCUUCCCAGCAGCAAUCAAGAGGCAGGAGACAGUGGGGCUGUAGAAUCCCAAGGGCCGUUUAUUGGCUCUUUCCUUGAGGGCCCAGGAUGGGGAGUCCAGGGCUCUGGGCCUAGCCUGCUCCCUCCUUCCUAGCUGUACAGCUCCAGUCCCCCUAGUCUUCUUGGAGGAUACAGGCCUCUUGCCGAGCCAAGCAUGGGUGGUCUGGCUCAGUACUCAGGGCCUCCUGUAGGCUGUCCCAAGAGGAGCAAAGGGACAGGGAAUGACAGCCAGAGGAGAGAGCUGAACGGUGAUGUCCAGGUCUUGGGUGCCAGAGGGAGAAAUCCGACCAAGUUAGACCACAGAGGCUGUAAAAGUAGACCAGGAAGCAGCAGAGUGUACUCCUUCCUUAGUCCAGCUGUGAUCUAGGAGGACACUCGGCAGGUUGGGGACAUCAGCAUCAAGGGGGUAUAUGGCCUUGGCAGACCCCAGAAGCCUCUGGGUGGGAAGAGAACUGUGGAAAAGGCAAAGUUGGCUGUGGCAAGUGGGAGAAACUUUGACCCGGGGGUACUCCAACUCUGGGCUCUGGAGUAGAGAUGAGGCGGCAGGAAUUGGGUUAUGUCUUCAGAGCAGGGUAAGGAAACUAAGGGAGGGCAAUGCCUAGAGAAGAGAAAUGAUACACUCUGGGUGUUGGAUGGAACUCGGGAACAGACCAGAGAUUCUAAGCCAGACUUUGUGCCUCAUCACACCUGAUGCCUUCUCUACUCUGAACAGCCUUGUGCCCCUUCCCCCAAUAAUCUUCUCGGUGUUCUCAUGGCCAUGCCCAGAGCUGUCUGGGCUGCUGCCACUUCUUCUAUGGCCUUUCCCCCAUUGUGAUCAGCCUUUGAGCUCUAGGGAGCCCUUGAUCGCUUCCCUAAAGCUCAGGCCUUCAUCCCCACUUCCUCCCCAGCUCACAGAACUCCAACAUUGCUCCAUGGAUCCCUAAAUUCUUGCCCCAUUGCCUCAAGUUGGUCUCUCACUGUCUCUUCAUAUGUACCCUGAUAUCCCUGACUCUAUUCUGGUAGAAGGUGCCUGGUUUUAGGCCUCCUGCCCUCACCAGUCUUGACAAGAUUCUUAAGCAACAGAGGGGCAGGGGUUGGAUCUGAGGCAUUUCAGCUUUCCCUCUCCCCAUCACAGCAUGGCUGAAUAAAUGUCAGGACCAUCCUACAAGAGAUCACAGGAUUUGGGGCCAGGAUAUGCAUGGCACUGAGGAAUCAGCACAAAUGAGAAUGUUGAUGCUCAAGAGCUGAACUAGGGGGCAGCUGAGUAUUGAGAGCCAGACCUAGAGAUGGGAGGUCCUGCAUGCAAACCUGACCUGAGCUACCUCUUAGCUGGGUGACCUUGGGCAAGUCACUUGACCCGGUUGUCUAGCUCUUCAGCCUGGAAACCUGUAUUGAUUCUAGGGAGGAAGGUAAAGGUUUUUAACAAAACAAACCAACCAACCGUGGACAGAGGAAAACUGGAUGGAGGUUAUGAAAAACAGGACAGGUUAUACUAUAGAAAAUACGAGAGGAUCUAACCAAAGGCCUCUCCAAGGCCAGGGGGUUUUUCAGGGGAAUGGGGGUCAGGGAGGGUGCUGAAAAUGGGUGUGCUCCUCUAUGCCACACAUAGCCCAGUGACUCUGGGGAAAGACAGGUGAAGACACUCCAAGCCACCCUAAGGUGCAAGAUGGAACCAAGAAUGUGAGAGAAGACAAAAGCACACAGAUGGGUGGGUAGGCAAGAGUACAAGGGAAGAGCCAAGUGGCCAGCAUGGCAUGAAGAUGGGCUGAAGUGACUUGCCACAGAGCUCCUAAUCCCAAGCUAGGCCCCAGCACACCGAAGCCCAUCACAUCGGAUCUGGCUCAAUGAUUUCCUAGGCAGUAGGCACCUAGUCAGGGCGCAUGGAAUGGGUCCAUGAGAGAUGGAUGACAGGCCUCCCAAGCCGGAGUACGGCAAACUCCGGGUUCCCAGUGGCUGCUGUCACCAGGGAGCCACAAAGAUAGCGAUCUCGUGUGAACUCAGGGCAUUGGGAAAGGGAAUUCUUCGUACAUGCUAGCCCCUCCUUCCCAGCACAACAAGAGGCAAACGCAGACACAAAGGCAGCAUCCAGCCUUACCCUAGUUUCUGCUUCAGGCUCCUAGGGGCAGUGAGGCAGUCCACAAACCAGCUCAUCCCAGUCAGGGAGUUCUGGGGAGUCAGUGGAGUGACAUUUCCCGGGAGCGCCCCCUCUCCCCCAGAAUCUUAAAGGCUUCCAGGAAAGUCCUCCAGCCCCAGGGAUGGACGGACGCACGCUUCCCAUCUGGAGCAGCUUGAAGGCGCUGCGUGCCGCCCCUCCGGACCCAGGACAUGCGGUCCAUUCGCAGCCAGGACACAAGACGGCUGAGAGCCCCGCCCCCCUGCGCAGCGGGGGGGGGGGAGGGAGGAACAGAGCGCAGGCGCCUAACCCCAACUUGCUGGCGUGCAAUGUGCGCAAGCACACGCGCACUACCCUCUGGGAAUUGUGGUCCCUCCCGCUACCACUUCCGCCACGCGCCACCGCCCAGUACCCCGAGCGUGGGCGAAGCCGCCCGGGAAGACUCCGAGUGCCUUCUCUCCUCGGACUUUUUUUCCUUCGGGCCAGUGGGCCUCAAGUGGGCGGGGCGGCGACCUCACGUCACGGCUGGCCCGGGGUUUUAGGGAAGGCGAAGGGCGGAGGGGCCGGAGGAGUCCGGGCGGGGAGGCUCGGGUUGGCGCGGCGGCACGGCAGGGGGAGGAUCUGUGGGUGGGGCCGGAGAUGUCCCCGGGACCGCGAGCUGAGACCCCUCAGGCUGGGCGGGCGCGCACCGCUGUCUGGGCCUUGGCCCUGUCGCAUAUAUCCCGAAGCCGGGUCCAGAAGGUCUCGAUCUGGGAGCAGAUGGCAGCCACCUCCGCGCAGAAGACCUGGGCCUCCGCGCACACUCUCUCCCUCCCGGCCCCAGCCCGAGGUCGGGCCUCGCUGCCUCCAGGACCCCAAUAGGGGCCAGGGCCGGAGUCGGGCCGGGGCCUAAACCUGCGGAGGUGGAACACACGGAAAACCCGCUCCAGCCUAGCAGCGAAAGCGGGAGAAGAGCAGCGGUAGCAAUGCGCAAGUACCCACCGGGCUGCUGGCCGGGGCCCGGGGCCGGCGCCUGAUUGGGCCCCGGGCAGAGUGACGUCAUAGAGCUAGGCGGAGCCUACCCCCCAGCGGUGGUUGCUGUUUUUCUUUUGAAGUCUGGAACUUCGCUCCAACUUACUCUGCCCAUUCCCUCGGUAGCUUACCGACUUUCUUUCCUUUUUCAGUUCUCUUCUUCCCUCCUACCCCUGGACAAACCCGCAGGUCCUGAAAAUUGCCUCAGUCUCCCCACGGAGUCUUUUACCCUUGCGGUCAUUGUAGAAAGCCCUUGCCUCGGCUCGGUUUCUGUGACGCUGGCCCCUCAUUUGGUAAGCCAUACCAAGCAGAGGAAGGUCAGCCUUUCCCCAGUCGAUCAACACCCCUCAGUGUUUUCACUAGAUUUCUCUUGCAGGGUCCAAGAGAACCUUUUUAGGCGCAGCGCUCCCAAAUUGCCUCCCAGUUCCACCUGGGUUGCACUGAUGGGGCCUCUUUCCACCCUUUUUGUCCGGCUUCUUGGCCAGUCUGCUAGCUGCCAGGUUGCAUUUUUUUGCAUUUUUUGCUAUGGCUCUUGCUAGCCUGAGUGUGCCUGUUCAUGUCCUUCAGCCAUGUCUUCGUGGGGGAAUGAAUGUCUCCUACUCUUGGAGAUUUGAUUCCGUUCCCCGGCUAGUUUAGAAAUGAGACCUUUAGCCAUGAAGCCUGUGGCAGGGAUUCUCGCCCCGCCCCUUCUCAUUUUUUUUUUUUGCUAGGAUUCGUCGGGCGCCAUCCCGAUUCGCAGUUUCCCUUCCUCUAGCCUUUCCGUGUCUUGCUUAGCGAGGGAUUCUUCUGCGAGCCAGGACGUCCUGGAAUUGACAGGGACUCUUCCGAUUUCCACUACUCGGUCUAAAUCACGCCCCCAACUGGAGCUCCUCUGGGCGAAGGGUGUAAGGGAGAAGGCGGCCUUUCCAGGUUUCCCCGGAUACUGCCCUGACUUCGCUGUCCAAUCCUUGGGUUCUUUGAGCUGAUUACAAAGGCAGCGGCGACUGCGUUCCUCUGUC